UCCUCCCGGCAGCCGGCGCCGGCUACCAUUCUGCAGCCCCUUCCAGGCUUCCACUACACCUUUCUUUUCUCCAUCUGCACGUUCGAGCAGCGACAAAAUCCGGCGAGUUAUGAGCCCUAUGCGAGCAGCAUUGGGUACAGCUCGGCUCUCAUUCGCCGGAUUCGUCCUCCUCGGCUCCUUCUACCCAGAUCUGGCAACUUUUGGUGGGGACCCUUUGCGCUCGUCCAUCUGGACGUGCUCCUCGUUUGGAGCACUGUGGAGGGACGAUGGGGUCCGCUGCGUGUCAUCGACGCCGGAGACACGCGGCCAGAGCUGCUCUUGAUGGUCCUCAAGGCUACCCCGAUGGGGGUCCUGUGGCGGGACAACAAGGUCCGCCGCGUAUUGCAUUGUGCGCCCGGUGGCGGUGCCGUUCCCGUUCUGAUGGCAUGUGUCUUGGGCGGUUAAAAGUGCUGCUAUCAGCGCCACCUUCCACACUUCCUUGCUCUCCAAUGGCCUUCCCACCUUAGUGCCAUCGGCUCAUCAAGGCAGAGCUUCAGGCCAUGCUCAAGAUUGAGCCCAAAAUCUGCAACUGCUCUGCGGAUGCCGCACUGGAUGUCCGGGCGCCUGCUGUGGGGGAGUGGAUGGACAUGAAACGUGAUGAUGAUGACCGAGGCCAAGGAGGUAUGCAUCCUGCACUUGGGUCUGUGGUCUACGCAAGGUGCGGGGGCUUCUUACCAUUGCCAAAGCCCUGCUCGACUUUCUGCCGGUGCCGGAGCUGGUGACGCUCUUCUCUAUCGUGAUGCCCCUGCUUCCCAAUCAUGAAGGUUUCUUUGGGUGAAAACCCAGCUCUGGUCUACAGAUGGCUAAUGUGCCCUACUGCCCUCCUUGGAGGCGUUGUUAGGGACUUUGUGAGUUCCUUUCUCACAAUGGAUGGCCGUUUCUGCUCAGAUCAAUUAGGUGUCAAUGAUGAGGCCUAGUUUGCUAGUCAGUCUGUCAUUAGUGGUCCUAGUUUUAGUCUGGUUUCCCAAAAUAAACGAGCAUUGUAGGGUUUUGCCUCAGUUUCCCUUAAAAACGAGGUUGUUGAUCUGUGGUUGUGCCACAACUUAUCAAUGCAAAUUCCCUCUGGUGACCAUUAAAAAAAGAAGAAGGGAAAACAUAUAUUUCAUGGUGAAAUGGUGCAUUGCACAAGCAAUUAGAUAUGUGCUUCCUAUUUUCCCCACACACCACUUAGUACCCAAACAACCAUCAAACCGUAGGCAUUGUAUCUUGGGCAGUUUUGUGCAUGCACCAUUGUUCUCAGAUUUCCAAUAAUAAUUGAAAAAUGCAUCAAAUUUAGAUGUCAAUGUGCGAUUUAAGAAUUCCUAAGAAAUAAUUAGGCAUGUUUGAAUAGGGCCGCACAUGCUCGUAUAAGGAAAGAGCCCAAAGAAAUACAGCUUAUUACACCACAUAUAGCUGCUAGGUAUGCUACACUAUUACUUUCUUGUUUUUAGAUCCAUGCUUUGGAUCCUGUAGACCCAUACAACAUAAACGUAAGAUGAACAGCGGUACAGGCAUAACUGAAACCUAGGAGAAAAUAAAAGGGUUAUGGACAUUUAUAAGAAGUAUGUAUGCUAAUGCACUAACUAGUUUUUAAUUUGAAAAUUUGAUCUGCAUUUCUGAUUUUAAGCAAUAAAAUGCAGCUCUUCUAGGAGCUGCCUUGAAAAGGUAUAUAUAACCUCAAUAACUCUGCCAUAGGGAAAACUUAUCCUACUACUUAUAAUUAGUUUUUAUGCAUUGUAAGAACUGCAGUACAAUGUGGAAAUCAUAAUCUUAAAUGUAAUUUGGCUAGAACGUGUAAUAGUUAGUGCUACAUUUCUACAGCUAGUCAGAACAUUUUGUUUUGGACAUUGGCAGGUCCGAGUGUUUCCAUAGUCAUCCUUUAUAAAGGAUGGAUAGUUCCUGCAUAUUGCGGAGCUUAGUUCAAAUCCUAUGGCCUGGGGGGUGGGGGCAGCAAUAUUGCAGUAGAUAAGUAAUUCAUUGACACGACUUAAAAACUACUACUUGUGUUAAAGAACUACACAAUUCUAGGCCAACGUGGACCAUGGCCCCUUUUGGCCCUAAGAAAACUUUGCCUCUAGUUCCUGCUAUAAAUUCUAUAUUUAUGAGAAUCCCAUGUGUGACCUGGCAGUAGGAUUGAGAUCAUCAGGUCAAGUUUUGAUGUGUCUCAUGUACAUUGUUUUCUUUUAACUUUAAAAAAACCCACCUGGUUGCAAAUGUAAGUUGUUUUAGAAUUGUUUCUAAAUUGGAUUGGGAUAGACUAUUCAUUUAUUUGUGAGAAUGGUAGCAUUUGUUAAGAAGGGUGCAUAGAAGCUCUAGAAUGACUUACAUUUAGAGAAUAGUUGAGAAAGCUAAAAUGACCUACGUUUGCAAUCGGAGGGAGUAUCUGAUAUAUUCAUAUAUCUUUCGUGGGGGAGGGAAGGUAAGUCUGGAAAAGUGAGCAUGAGAGGGAGAGCCAUGCAUCACAUGUCAAAGGAACUUUGGCAUUUUUCUGAAAGCAAUAUUGAGCACUAUUACUUUAUCUUGCAUGAACAUUUGUGAAAGCUAGCUUACCAGCAUUCCUGCCAGCUCAGAAAAGUUAUUUGUAAAAGGUUUCAUGUGUACCGUGGGAAUUGUUCGUGACAAUUGUUUCCAACUCAAGCACCUUCAAUAUGUUGUUUGUACGCAAAUUAGUUUGUUUUGUUUAUUCUUGUAGCUGAAAAGAGUCUAAAACUAUGGAUGGGUUACAGAAAAGUACAAACCACAAUUGAGAUUUCUGGAAGUAUCAUCUAUGGCCUGUAGAUGGGAAAGCCACACGCCAAAGUUAUUUGCUCAUGAACAGCUUCAACAUACAAUUGUCUGCCUUAUGAUGGCAUCGCCACCCACCAUCACCUCUCUCAUGUGCCUAUUUAUUUUCUUGCCCUUUCUACUCACCAAAAUUAUUAAGAUGUUAUAAACAUAAUGCAUACCAGUUCACACAUCUGUAAAUGCAGCAAUCAGAUCAUCUUCCUUGUCUAUAGUUUAUUUAUUGUUUGAAAACUAUGUCCUGCACCAAGGGAGCUCAUACACAAUUACCUAUGCAUCUUCAUGAAAUAUGAACUUCAAAAAAGAAAUAGAAACCAAUGAACAUGCUUUUCCAAAUGUAAUGUGUUCUAUUAUGUUUAUACUGAAGGCCAAGGGCAAAAUUGGUAUACUAAUGAUGGUGGCUGGUGGGUUGUGUGAGUCUGUAUGAGGUACUUGCGAAAAAUGUGAACCCAGUUUUGUUUCUAUACAUGGACAUAAUGCCAAAGGCUUCCAGCUUUUUUCACAGUACUUGCAAGAAUUGUGCACCUCUUUUCAUUUCUGUUCAUGGAUGUAAGUACGUAUCGUAAAAGGCAUCCAACCUUUUCACGGUUGUUGAUUCCUUCACACAAUUCAUUUCCGCCAGCCUGCCAUCCUUCCACUCUUUAUAAGCACAUCGACAGCAUCACAAUUAGACACAGAGCAUCAAUUGGAGCCACAAGAACACUUGGGGAGGCAAGUGUGACUUCAAUCUUGCAGCCAUUUUCGUGUCCUAUUGUAAGUAUAUAGUUCCUUGAUGCCAUUUUCGCAGCCAUUUGGGAAGUGUUAGUGGAAAGAUGGUGAGAUGCUAUCAUCCAUGUACUCUGCAAAUGCAUCUGAUAUUUGAAUGGUUGCUUUAUCAUAAUUUGGAUUGCUCAUUCUUGCCAAUAGUAGAGUGUGCGGUAUUUAGAUUUUAGAAUCAUGCUAGCGCCAUGCAAUUUUGUCAGCUGAGAUGGGGUGUUCUAUUUUUAUUACUUUGCUUGAGGAGCAUUCAUUAUGAAUCCAGUUUUUAGGAAGUAGUAAAUCUCGGCUUGGUCAUAAGAUGUCAUAUUGUAGUUCAAGCAUAUGUAUGUAUAUAUGGCAGAAAGUUGUUUACUUCAAUUCAUUGUAAAUGUUCUCUUGCUGUAAAAGAAGUACCUACUCAUUUGUUUGAGUUGCAGGUGUGUCUAGUUGUUUGAUUAGAUAUGCAGUUUACACUAGCAUUGGAUGGGAACACAAGUCCUCACCUGAUGAGAAGAUCUGGUGAGGGUGGUGGGAGUGAGAUGUUGAUGGAAAGAUUAAAUAUCGGGGUCAUCAAUCAGGAGAAAGCUUUGAGGAAUAGGUGCUUCAGUGGUGGAGGUGCUAGAACGACACAAUGUGUUCUUAACUCUGGUGCUUGUUCUGAAACUCUUCAUUUUCAAACACAUUCCUCCAGAAAAAGUUAUGCUGACGCAAACCGUGUGUCUGCUGUCAUUUUGGGUGGAGGCAUUGGAGCUCAGCUCUUUCCUUUGACAAGCACGAGGGCUACGCCUGCUGUCCCUGUUGGAGGAUGUCACAGGCUUAUUGAUAUCCCUAUGAGCAACUGCUUCAACAGCGGUAUAAAUAAGAUAUUUGUGAUGACUCAGUUCAAUUCUGCUUCUCUUAACCGCCAUAUUCAUCGUACAUACCUUGGAGGCGGGAUCACCUUUACUGAUGGAUCUGUACAGGUAUUAGCGGCUACACAAAUGCCUGAAGAGCCUGCUGGAUGGUUUCAGGGUACAGCAGAUGCUAUCAGAAAAUUUGUCUGGGUACUUGAGGAUUAUUACAAUCACAAAGAUAUUGAGCACAUUGUAAUCUUGAGUGGCGAUCAGCUUUAUCGGAUGAAUUACAUGGAACUUGUGCAGAAACAUGUUGAUGACAAUGCUGAAAUCACUAUAUCAUGUGCUCCUGUUAAUGAGAGCCGAGCUUCUAACUAUGGACUAGUGAAGUUUGAUUACACUGGACGUGUGCUUCAGUUUUUUGAGAAACCAGUGGGUGCUGAUUUGGAAUCUAUGAGAGUUGAUACCAACUUCCUCAGCUAUGCUAUAGGUGAUACACAGAAAUAUCCCUAUAUUGCAUCAAUGGGCGUUUAUGUCUUCAAAAGAGAUGCACUUUUAGACCUUCUCAAGUCAAAAUAUAAUCAACUGCAUGACUUUGGAUCUGAAAUCCUCCCAAGAGCUGUACUAGAGCAUAAUGUGCAGGCAUAUAUUUUCACGGGCUAUUGGGAGGAUGUUGGAACAAUCAAAUCAUUCUUUGAUGCAAACUUGGCCCUCACUGAGCAGCCUUCCAAGUUUGAAUUCUAUGAUCCACAAACACCUUUCUUCACUGCGCCCCGAUACUUGCCUCCAACACAACUGGACAAGUGCAAGAUCAAAGAUGCAUUUAUCUCAGAUGGUUGCUUGCUUAGUGAAUGCACUAUCAAGCAUUCUGUGAUUGGAGUUUGCUCACGUCUUAGAUCUGGAUGUGAACUCAUGGAUACCAUGAUGAUGGGUGCAGACAUAUAUGAAACUGAAGAAGAAACUUCGAAGCUACAUUUAGCUGGGAAGGUCCCAAUUGGGAUAGGAGAGAACACAAAGAUAAGGAACUGUAUUAUCGACAUGAACGCGAGGAUUGGGAAGAAUGUGGUGAUCGCAAACAGUAAGGGUAUCCAAGAGGCCGAUCACCCGGAAGAGGGAUACUACAUAAGGUCCGGAAUCGUGGUGAUCUUGAAGAACGCAAUCAUCAAGGACGGGUCAGUCAUAUAGAUAAUGUGCGCCUACAAAGCAAGAGCCUGCAGUGCUAUUAUAUUGAUGGAUUGUGUAACUAUGGUGUGGGAACUGUUGCUUGCCAUAAAGUCUGCAAAGCUUCCGGGUGCAAGAUGCGUGGCCUCUGGCAUCCAGUUUGUGUUCCUUAUACCCUUGAUAUUGCUAGUACAUGUACUGUAAUAAGCUGCCCGGGAAGUUGCAGCAAGCCUUUUAUGUACCUUUGUAUUCCCAUUGGGAAUUCUAUUCGAAAAUAAAUACAAAUCAUAUUGGUGUUAGAAUCA